UAGUGCAAACACUAACACGUGAACCAUGGGUAAUGGACAAGGUCAUGUGUCCCGGAACACCGUCGUAACCUAAGGAUAGGUUAUGCUAGACAGAAAUAAGGUAUAACGUAAUAUUUGCUGUAACCCGGGUCCUGACCGACUCCUGAAAGGCGGCAGGUGUUGAUAGGUACCGUACGUGCGUCCAGAUAUGACGGUUUCAACGUCAGUCCAGAAGUGGUGGGAUAAACCUCCUUUGAGAUGGAUUCUGACGUGGCUCCGUAUGUUUCGCCUGUUAAUCAUGAUGAUCAUAAUAUCCACUUUUAUAGUACUCUUUAAAAUUCCAAUUGUUGGAAAAAUAUUGCUGAAAUUUUCCAGAAAACUUGCUCCGCAGGGAUGUGGAAAUUUAAACGUGCGCGCAACUGUCUCCGCGCUCCGUGAAAGUUUCUGGCCACUGGUGUAUGACGCGUGGUCUGGUGAGGCUCCGCUCGGGAGGAAGGUUCCGGACACAGAUUUGUACGACACCUCAUCCAAGUCUAUCGUCAAGCUGCUCAGCUUUCAGAAGUCAGGGCGACCCCUAGUGUUGAACUUUGGAAGCUGUACCUCACCCCCGUUCAUGGCAAAGCUUGCGGAGUUCAAAGAGAUCGCCCGAGAUUUUGCCGACGUAGCUGACUUUAUAACCAUUUACAUCGUAGAGGCGCACGCUUCCGAUGGAUUGAGUAUUGAAGACUUUUCCGACAUCGACCACCACAAAACGCUAGCUGACCGCGUGGAGGCGUCCGACCGACUCCGGUCAGACGACAUGCCAUGUCCAGUUCUAGUAGACCCUAUGGAUGACCAAAACAGCAAGAUAUUUGUCACAGUUCCCGAGCGGCUAUACAUUGUCUACCGAUCCACCAUUGUGUACCGUGGAAGCUACGGGCCAUUUAAUUACAAACCCAAGGACGUGAAAAAUUGGCUACAAAAGUUCAAGAAUGAAAUGUAAACACAUGACUAAUGUUAAUAACAAAUUUGGUCUACAGGACCGCAUCCUUAAAAGCCCAAGGGCUACAUUAUCUGCACCCCUGGAAUUAAUAUAUCAUUACAAAAUCGAAUGUAAUGUGCAGGCUACAUUGCUGAUUUGAUAUACAUCAAAAGAAUCGCGUGACAGCGUAACGAUAGCGUUGACCAAAUCUGAAGUCAUUUUGUCUGAACAAAUUCCAGUGGUGCAGAGGACGUACGCUAACAUAGCCUCUGGAAUUUCGAGGAUGACGGGAUUGCAACUUUACCCCAUGUUACAAUGCCACAAUGGUGCUUGAACAUUUUUUUUUCGUAGUAUAACAAUCCGAAAGAAUAAAAUUUCACUGACAAUCAAAUAAGUUUAUUGUGACGUCACUCGUACACGUAAGCAUGCCUGUGCUUAUUCAGAGUACUGACCUACGGGCGGUAAAAUAACAGGUACAUAAUUUCAUGAAUGCCAGUUCAUAAAUGGUACAUAUACGGGAAUUUUCAUUAUGAUAUGAAACUAAAACGAACUUUUGGCAGCUAAGCAGAAAUUACAAUCGUCCAACAUCUGACCAGUACAGCAUCAAUGUUCACAACUAGUUCUAUAGAAUGACUUGAACGGAGAGGAAAAAAAACAACACUUCGGACAAUGAUGAUUAUAGUAACAAGGAUGUGAAUGGAUUACUGCUCAUAUCACGUGACCCGCUCAUAGCACGUACCAUCACGUGACCAGCUCAUGUCAUGUACCAACACGUGACCGGCUUAUUCAGGAAUUAGAUAAAGAAAUUUUAAUAAGAUUUUCUAUCGUGAUUGCAACAUACAAAGUGUAUAUAACACUAGUUAGUCUUAAACUUAUCAAUAUUGGGCUGCAGCAUUUGAUCCGGGUAAUUUGUAUAGUCGAGUUUUUCAAGUUGAAUUAUUGGUGCUUCUACUUACAUAGUCUUCAAAAUAAACGAAGUUAUACCUUU